ACAAAUUUAUUUGGAUUUAUUAUUUAGAUAGAUUUAAUUAAAUAAUAUUUUAGGGAUUUCACGCAUUCAGAAUUAUUAUUAUUUAAAUCACAUUGUAGAGACUUCACACAUUUAUUCUGAUUUUUUUAUAUAAAUGAUGCUAUUGGGACUUCAUACAUUUAUUCAGAUUUAUUAUAUUAUAAUUUAAAUUACUUAGAUGUUAAAAUACUUAAAUAAAAUGUAAAUAAACCAUGUUUUAGGGGCUUCGCACAUUUAUUCGGAUUUAUUAUUUAGAUAGAUUUAAAUUUAAUUAAAUGAUAUUUUAGGGAUUUCACACAUUCAGAUUUAUUGUCAUUUAAAUAACACUGUAGAGACUUCACACAUUUAUUCAGAUUUUUUAAUAUAAAUCAUAUUAUUGGGAUUUCAUACAUUUAUUCAGAUUUAUUAUAUUAUAAUUUAAAUUACUUAGAUGUUAAAAUACUUAAAAAUGUAAAUAAACCACGUUUUAGGGGCUUCGCACAUUUAUUCAGAUUUAUUAUUUAUAUAGAUUUAAAUUUAAUUAAAUAAUAUUUUAGGGAUUUCACACAUUUAUUCAGAUUUAUUAUUAUUUAAAUCACAUUGUAGAGACUUCACACGUUUAUUCAGAUUUAUUAUUUAAUUAAAUCACAUUUUAGGGACCGGUUUGGCCUUCUUGCUGAAUCAUGUCCUAUAGUUUACUUCUUUCACAUUAAUCUCUUUAAAUCUUCAUGCAGUUUUAUAGACUCCUCUCCCCCCUUGUAAAUUAAUAGCUUUGAGAUACACAGGGAUUUUAAUUCAAAGCAGAAGUUCACCCAUCAAAACAAAGCAAAAACUCCAAAUAUGUUAUCUGUCCGUGUGUAAAUAAUAUUGCCCACAUCCACAUGUUCAAAAAGUUAAGAGAGAUGCCAAUGCUCCCACCAAACUGUCUUGUAAGUUUAGGCUAUUUAGCUCAACCUGAAUCUCUGGAAGGACAGUUAUUGAGGCACGCAGCAGAAGGAAAAAGCAAAAAGGCCAAGAAGCUGUUGAAAAGAGGUGUGGAUGUGGAUUGCCACAACACUAUGGGACAGACCGGUUUGUAUCUCGCUGCCCUUCUGGAACGUGCCGCUGUCGGCCGACUGUUUCUGCACUUUGGUGCCAAUCCCAACCACCGCUGUUAUGAUGGCAGCACCCCAGUCCAUGCUGCAGCUUUCUCUGGCUGCCAAAGGGUUCUUGGCAGCAUUCUGCAAGCUGGGGGUGAUUUACGAUGCCAUGACCAAAAAGGCCGCACACCUAAAGAUUGGGCUCAACAAGCUGGGAGUGACCAGAAUAGUGAGGUCAUGGACUUCAUACAGCAAUGCUGCUCUCAUAUGGCUAUGGUGGUGCAGCAUGGGGACCAAUCACUCUAUUCAAAAGCUCUAACAUCAACUCCACGCAGCCUGCACUCGUCUUUCUCAUCGCUGUUAUCUCCCUCCUUCUGGACUCUAUCCAGCCCUAAAGUGUUUGGAAGCCCUAAAGAGCCAGCUAUAGGAUACGGAAAACUUUGUCCAAGCAGAUACCAGCCUCCAGGAGUGGCUGCUUUUACAUUCGUUGUGGACAGCAAUGAUCUUGUCAGGGGCUCCGGGGAGCCAGACUGGAGCUACGAGAAUGGACCGUACACACUUAUGAGGAACUUGCUAUGGAACGGACAAUUUGUCACAGUGCGAAGCUUGAAGCCAGAAGCUCACCCCAACUGUAGUAAAAUGCGUGGAGCCAUAGAUUUGCUCAUAGCUGAACAAGAAUACUACAGCCAGCUCCAUCAUCCCCACCUCCUGCUUUUUCUAGCUGUGAGUCUAUCUCUGGACUUUCAAAAUCUCCAGCUCGUCUUUGAGAGAGUAGAAAUGUGUUCCCUCUACUAUGCCUUGCACUGUGAGAAUUCCAGCACUCUGCCGCCUUCAGCAACUCAGCUCCUGCUACUGCAGGUUUCCGAAGCACUCUCGUUUCUGCAUUCCUGGGGGUACGUCCAUCGCUCUGUGACCUCCCACGCCAUUCAGCUGGUGCGGCCUGGACUCGCCAAGCUCAGCAAUCUCGAAUACAUGCAGAAAAGGACAGAGAAAGGUGAUUUUACCUGGCCUAUUCCGCUACCUCCACCUCUCUACAACUGGCUACCCUUUGAGGUCAUCAGGGAGCGGCCAGCCUCGGUGAAGUCUGACCUCUACAGCUUGUGUGCAGUGAUCCAGGAGAUCUUCACAGGUGAAGUCCCUUGGGGUGAAUUGGAUGGCUACGCUGUGAAGGAGAUGAUGGAGGCAGGAGAGUCUCUCUCAAUCGAUGCCCGUGUCCCACAGCCUUUUUAUGAUGUGGUCAAAGAUGGCACAGCCUUAAAGGAACGUGACCGGAAAGGCACCUUUCCAAACUUACGCUAUUUAUUAAGGACAGCCCGACAGGUGAGGAAUUGAGUUGGGUUGGACUUU